AUGAAGAAGCUUGUCGAUAUUUACAAACACCACAUACGCGGCUGUGUCGCUCUUGACAGUUCUUCAAAGCCCGUUUCCAAGCCUUUCAUACGCUUGAAUGUUGAAUGCAUUCUCGGAAGCUACGAUCCCAACGUAACCACGGCCAAAGACGAGGUCAUCUUUGCAAACGAGCCAAAUUUACUGGCCCUGUUCGAAGACAUGUGCAAGGAUAUAUACCAACCAACCGAGCCCGACAUAUCGGCUGAAGUUGACACGGAAAGGCUCCAAGGUGCGAACGAGCGAGCUAGACGCCAAAGUCCGGAUCUUCUUCCAGAUGACGACGAAGAGGAUUACGACAUCUUGCAAGAAUUGGUCUCAGUCAACGGAGAGAGUCAGGAAAGAGUACUGACCGGCCUGGUUUCUCCUGAAAGUGGACAGCAGCUGCCAGAACCCUCCGACAGAGAGCAUUUACACGGUCGUGAAAGUGCACCUGACGCGAUGGAAGAUCUGAUUCAUUCCGCUUCUGUGAAUCACAACUCAAGAGAUGCUGACUACGGUAUUGUCGUAGACAGGUCGUGCCUCUCAAACUCAGGGCAAGCGCGAAUCACCCGACAGCCCGAGGAAGACACUCAGGAGCCAGUGCUCACCCAAUCUCUCCUUCGGACCGUUUGGGAAGUGAACAUGGCUAGAGAUGAUACUGCCAGUCCUGAGGGCCAAACGCAGCCGGUCCUUCUAGGGCCACCUAACACGGGUAUAUAUGAGUUCAUCCAGUCACAAACGGAAGAGCAGAUACAAAGAGAGGAACCAAACCCGUGGUCUUUGGCCAGAAAGGCAGCAGCACGACAUUCUACUCGCCAUGAAGACAUACAUGGCCAUCGACACUCAGAUGAGCAUAGUGACAACAACCUGGGCGACACAACUUCUCGCCAGCAAACCCAUGUCCCCAGGAUAGCUGAGAUUAUGCAGGAAGCCGAUGAAGUGACCAGCCGGAAGAUCGAAGACCGAAGAUUGUCCCAUCAGCAAAAAUCUCUACCCUAUUGGGUACCUGCAGCAGCAAGGGAGGAUAUUUACGACCCAGAUACCUUUGAGCCACCGAUAUUACAACACCCAACCGCCCCACCAACUAGUUUUCAGGUUCCAAGAUACCAAGAACAGCGAAGAAUUCCAAGAGAUGAGGAUGCAUUCCAAGCAUCUUCUGCUGCACACGAAAUUGAAGACCUGGAAAUAAUACCGCAGAGAGGCCCAGGUAUUCGCCAACGCAUCUGUGCCAAGACGCCGUAUCCCUUUGCGAAUCUUGACGACAGUAGUGUGCUUGGCACGCCUCCCUCGUCUUCCAGUCCAUUGCGAAAGCCAUUCCGGGUACCUGCCCGCAUUGAACAAGGUGGAAACCGUCAUGAACGACAGGCAGCGCCGAGGGCUACCCAGGCCGCUCGGAGAAUUGAGCCUCGUAGGGCAGACGGACUGAGACAAAGCAAGCUUGCCGUUAACACACGAAGAGAGAGACAACAUCCGGAGCUGGAGGAUACGUCGGAUUAUUGCUUUCCUUCAGUCGAGUCCAGAAGAGAUAACCACAAUGAUGAUUUCGAAGAGACGAGGAAGCAAAAGCAUCGCUAUCGGCAAACCAGCCCAGAGCCAAAUGAGAAGCAGAUGUUGGAGAGAUUGAACGCUCUACGCCACAGAAAUGAAAAUGAGUAUAUAGAGAAUGCGGAGGAAGAACGAGGUAGAUCAUUCUCUCGGAGGCCUACAACUACCCUGCCAGACAUGUCUCCGCGAAGAUAUCUGAAGAAGAGGCUGGCAUCUAGGUCCAGGUCGAGAACCAAGAUUCACAAGAGGAUGAGAUCAGAGAUGCUUCCAUUUGAGAAGCUUUUCUCUGAGCCUUAUACCCAAAUACGCUCACUCACACUUGAUCUACAAGAUUUGCGGCAGCAGGUCACCAAAGCAUCUGAUUAUGAUCUUUAUAUCUCCAGAGGCACCCAGGAUGUGGCGCUUCACAUGGGAAAGAAGGAAAUGGAGAUUAUCAGCAACAAGCUUCAAGAAAUUGUGUGCGCCUGGGUGUACGAGGGGCACGGAGUUGAGGUGGAGCUUGAGAUUGAUAUUGGUGCACUGUGUGAUGGAGGAGACUUAGGAUAA